AUGGAGAUAGAUGACGAUACUUCGGAUUCAACUAAUACAAACAAAGAUACAUUAGAUUCGACCAAUCCCUUGUACAUGCAUCCUUCAGAGAGUGCCGGAUUGACACUAGUGCCGGUGGUAUUUGACAGGACUGGUUAUAGAUCCUGGAGAAGAGGCGUCCUCAGAGGUCUCUCAGUGAAGAAUAAGGUCGGUUUCAUCACCGAAAAAUGUAAGAAGCCAGAUUCCGGCCAUCCGACAUUUGAGCAGUGGGAGAGAUGCGACGAUAUGGUCACAUCGUGGAUUCUCAACUCACUUUCCAAGGAUUUGGCAGAUAGCUUACAGUAUGUGGUCGAUGCCAAGGAAUUAUGGCAGGAACUGGAGGAUAGGUACGAUCAGACGAAUGGAGCGAGAUUGUACCAGCUUGAAAGGGAAAUUAACGACCUAAGUCAGGGAAUCCUAGACAUUAUAGGAUAUUAUACAAAAAUGAAGAAGCUUUGGGAAGAGUUAAAUACAUUGAAUGCACAUGCACAAUGUAAGUGCCAGUGUACUUGUGGUGCCAAGGCAAAUAUGCACAAGGCUGAACAAGAUAGAAGGCUAAUUAGGUUUUUAAUGGGUUUAAACGAGGUCUACACAGUUGUGAGAGGAAGCAUUUUGAUGAUGAAUCUGUUGCCCAGUAUUGCACAAGCCUUUUCUAUCCUGAUCCAGGAAGAAAAACAAAGGGAAGUUAGGCCAAGUAACUAUCUGAUGAUGGAGUCUGCUUCAAUGAAUGUCAGUGGUCUUGCAAAUCCAGCUUUUAGGAUAAAUUAUGCUCAACAGAGGAACACUAUAGGAAACAGCUCAUACAGAGGCAGUUAUCCAUCCAACAGGUCACGCCUGUUUUGUGACUACUGCAAGAAGCAAGGGCACACUAAAGAUAAAUGCUACUAA